UAGAUACGCUCCUCUUAUCAAAGAAACGCACAACUGGAGAAGUCCAUUCACUCUCACAGUCUCUUAACCAUGAGUCCUGCCUGCUUUUACUGGGACGUCUGUUUGUUUUUCCUCCUCAUAAAUGCUUUCGAUGUCAUGGGAAAUGUUGGAGUCGCAGAUGCUGAUGAGUGCUCAGAAGCUACCGACGACUGUCACAUCGACGCUCUGUGCCAGAACACUCCAAAGUCCUUCAAGUGCAUAUGCAAAACUGGAUACAAGGGAGAUGGCAAGCACUGCGAAGAUAUGGACGAGUGUGAAAACGACUACAAUGGCGGUUGUGUGCAUGACUGCAUUAACAUUCCUGGAAACUACAGGUGCACAUGCUACGAUGGAUUCAAACUCGCAGAUGAUGGGCACAACUGUCUCGAUGUGGACGAAUGUCUGGACAACAACGGUGGCUGUCAGCAGAUCUGCGUGAACACUAUGGGCAGUUACGAGUGCCAGUGCAAAGAGGGCUUCUUCCUGAGUGACAACCAACACACCUGCAUCCAUCGCUCAGAUGAUGGGAUGAACUGUAUGAAUAAGGACCAUGGCUGUGCGCAUAUCUGCAGAGAGACUCCCAAAGGCGGGGUGGCUUGUGAGUGCCGCCCAGGAUUUGAGCUGGCAGAAAAUCAGCGCGACUGCAAACUGACAUGUAACUAUGGAAAUGGUGGUUGCCAACACACUUGCGAUGACACAGACGUGGGGCCUGUAUGCGGAUGUCAUCAGAAAUAUGCCCUGCAUUCGGACAGCAAGACCUGCAUUGAGAAAGAUGAGGCUGCAAUUGAGAGCUCUGAAUUCAAUACCACGUCAGUAGCUGAUGUGGACAAGCGGGUGAAACGGCGUCUACUUAUGGAGACCUGUGCGGUGAAUAACGGCGGUUGCGAUCUUACUUGCAAAGACACGGCCACUGGAGUGCGCUGCAGCUGUCCGGUGGGCUUCACCCUGCAACCUGACGGCAAGACCUGCAAAGACAUCGAUGAGUGUUUGGAGAAUAACGGAGGUUGUGAUCAUUUCUGCCGAAACACGGUGGGGAGUUUCGAGUGCAGCUGUCAGAAAGGACACAAGCUCCUCACCAAUGAGCGCACAUGUCAAGAUAUUGAUGAGUGCUCUUUCGAGAGGACAUGUGACCACAUCUGCAUCAACUACCCAGGCAGCUUUGAGUGUGUGUGUCACAAAGGCUACAGUCUUUAUGGACUAACACACUGUGGUGAUAUUUACGAGUGCAGUAUUAAUAAUGGGAGCUGUGAAUACGGGUGUGUGAACACACAGGGCAGCUACGAGUGUGUGUGUCCCCCUGGACAAAAGCUCCAUUGGAACAAGAAGGACUGUGUUGAGACAGUAAAAUGCCUCCCGAAUGGGAAGCCGGCACCUCGUGCUCAGCUCAGCUGCACCAAGACAGGUGGAGGGGAAGUGUGUUCACUGUCCUGUCCAUCAAACGCCCUUUUCCUGGCAGAUUCUGAAAACAGUUACACUUUGAGCUGUGGAGUACCUGUCCAUCCAGGUAAAGUUCCACCGAAGAGGAACAUCACUACUUCCAACAGUAGCUCCUUGCAAACCUGCACAGAGAUGCUGGCCCAGCCUGUAAAGCAGAAAGCACGGUUUAAGAUCAAAGACGCCAAGUGCCAUCUGAGACCCCGGAACAAGGAGAAGCACAGAGACAUGGGAAAGCAGGGCUUUCAGGCUGGUCAGUUCCCAUGCACCGAUGACUGUCAGGUGACAUUCGUGAAUCUUAAGUGUGACUCUUCCAAAAAGCGCCGGCGUGGCCGAAAAUCUCCAUCCAAAGAAGUCUCCCACAUCACCGCAGAGUUUGAGAUGGAAAUGAAAGAAGAGGAGGCCUCAGAAUCAUGUAAUAUGGAUUGUGUGCGCGAGAAGACCAAACAGAAGCUGCAGAAUGCCAUGCGCACCCUGAGGAAGUCGAUCAGUAAGCAGCAGUUUUAUAUUCAGUUCUCCGGCACGGCGUAUGAGGUGGCCCAGCGUGCUGUGCGACAGACAGAGGGAGAUGAGACCUGCAGUAUAGGACAGGUCCUCACAGAGGGGAAGUGCGUCAGCUGCAGUGUGGGAAUGUUCUACGGUGGAGAACAGGAGCAGUGUGUGAUGUGUCCACCAGGAACCUAUCAGGACAGAGAGGGUCAACUGUCCUGUGAGCCCUGCCCCAACACAGAGGGACAGGGCAUUGCGGGGGCCAAGAACGUCUCAGAAUGCGGAGGCCAGUGUCCUGCUGGUCACUUCUCUGCUGAUGGUUUCCGUCCAUGCCAGCCCUGCCAGCUGGGCACCUUCCAGCCUGAGCCAGGUCGUGUGCUGUGCUUCCCCUGUGGAGGAGGACUCAUGACCCGACACACAGGCAGCAUGUCCUUCAGAGAUUGUGAAGCCAAAGUUCAUUGUGCUCCUGGACAUCAUUAUAACACCACCACCCAUCGGUGUAUCCGUUGUCCGGCUGGUACCUACCAGUCUGAGUUCGGACAGAACUACUGUAUCACCUGCCCUGGAAAUACCACAACAGAUUUCGAUGGAGCCACCAAUGUAUCCCACUGCAAAAAUCAGCUGUGUGGCGGUGAGCUGGGAGAUUUCAUGGGCUACAUCGAAUCUCCCAACUACCCCGGGGACUAUCCAUCUAAUGUGGAUUGCGUCUGGAUCAUCAACCCUCCAAACAAGAGACGCAUCCUCAUUGUGGUACCUGAGAUCUUCCUGCCUAUCGAGGAUGAGUGUGGGGAUGUUCUUGUCAUGAGGAAGAGUGCCCUGCCGACAUCCAUUACAACUUAUGAGACAUGCCAGACCUAUGAGCGACCGAUCGCUUUUACUUCCCGCUCACGGAAGCUGUGGAUUCAGUUCAAGUCCAACGAGGGUAACAGCAGAAAGGGAUUUCAGGUUCCUUAUGUCACUUAUGAUGAGGACUACCAACAACUCAUAGAAGACAUUGUUCGAGAUGGUCGACUGUACGCCUCAGAAAACCACCAGGAGAUAUUAAAAGAUAAGAAACUGAUUAAAGCCUUGUUUGAUGUACUGGCUCAUCCUCAUAACUACUUUAAAUACACCGUUCAAGAAUCAAAGGAGAUGUUCCCACGUUCCUUUAUUAAACUGCUACGCUCCAAAGUGUCCAGGUUUCUACGGCCGUACAAAUAGAAACCCGAACAUUUCUUCCAUGACCCUGCCUCAGUCCCCAUCUCUCUUCCUUCUGUUCCACUGUUUCUCUCUUUUCUCCGCUAGAUCCCAGAAGGUCUCACUACUGCGGGAAGAGAAAGAUGUUUGGCCUUCUUCCUGUCUCAAAUAUACUAUUCGCUUUUGUAUUUGUCCCUUUGUCCCCUUUUUGAUUCAUUGUCUUUUUGUUUUGUUUGCUAAUAUUUAUGUGCUUGAUUCGGCAAAACCCCUAUUUGGAUGUUUGAUAUCUACAGUAUAUAUUUGUAUAUGUAUGUAUAUAUAAAUAUAUGUGUGUGUGUGUGUGCGUAAAACAAUUUUGCAAUUUCGCUUACAGACACACACAGAUAUAUAUUCUUAUUUUGAAAAGGUUUUAUUCCUGCCCCUAAUGUGCACAAGAUAGAGGUUUUAAAAGUCUUGGUGCACUUAAAGCAUUCUUUUAAAGUUGGAUUCGCUUCAUGGACCUGUUCUGACCACAAAAAUCUCAAAAACUCAAAGCUAGAUGAAAACAAAAGAUAAAUGAGAAAAAAAGAUGGAACAAGACAAAGACUACCUGUCAGUAUGAGAGUUAGAGUUAUGUGUACAUUGUUUAACUAGUAUUUGGAGCUUCAAUUGCACUUGAAUUUUAUAUUGUAAACUUUAGAGAAAAAAGAAAUCUAAGUUACAUUUUUCUUUGUUUUAUUGUUGUAUAGAGAUGUUUUACCUUGGUUGUAGAAACGAAAAUGUCCAAACUGCCCGACACAGAGCUACAAGUUCUUCUAAAGAGAAAGAAAAAAUAUUCUCCCUCUCUUCUUAUUAUAAUACUGUACAAAAAUUUCACUUCACAUAUUUUGUUAUAAUAAUGUUUUUGACAAUUCAAAGGUGAAGUGUGCAAAUUUUGUGCCGCUAGCACCACCAAACGCAAUGACACGACUCAUGAGUUUGGGGGCGGGACUACCUGUUUGUUUUUGAAAACGAUUCAUUUUUGCAGUUCAGUUUUAAUAUCAGAAAAGUAUUGAUGUUAAAGUGCCAUGUUUCUAGAUUUGCUUGUUUCAUGGGGCUUGUAGCUCUUUUUCAGCGUGUACUUCUUUGACAAGUAUAAUGCCGCUUGUUUCAUGUGGUACAAUUAUGGUACAAUGAUUUAUUGUUGCUAACCCUCCAUUUAGUUAUGUUACUGUCAAUGGAGCAUGAACAUUUUUGGGAGAUUGUAAAUAUGAGGAUUUCAACCAGUCAGACCUUCUUGCUUUGAGGUGGUUGUACAGUCAUUCAUAAAAGUUGCAAGGAGAUUGCUGAUUCAGAACAACAGAGAGGCUGAUUUUUGGAAUAAAGAGCCAUAUUAUGGCUUAUUACAUAUCUAUUACAUAGUAAUUACCUAGCAACUUUGUGCUGUGCACAAAGACUCAUAUCCUGCUCUUGUUGUUGGACUGUGGAAGAUGUUUGUUCAGAAGAACUGAUUACAUACCAGAAGUAUGUGAAUAUUGAUUGUUGUAAAAACUUUAUAGAUGUUAAUUUCACCUCAAUCAUGCAUAACCAGGAUGCAUUAGUGGUGUGAUCCAUACUGAGAGUUUUACAUCUGUGUGUGUCUAUAGUACUUUCAGUUCUGUCAUAGUUCUGUUUAAUAUUGCCUUUCUAUUUUUUAAGAACUAAUAUAGAGAACUCUUUACAAACCUACAGUAUGUGUGUACAAAACUCUACAGUCUUUUAAGGGAAUAUUCCAGGCUCAAUACAAGUUAAGCUCAAUCAACAGCAUUUGUGGCUUAAUAUUGAUUAACACAAAAGUUAAUUUCGACUAGUCCCUCAUUUUCUUUCAAAAAAGCAAAAAUUUAGGUUACAGUGAGGCACUAACAAUGGAAGUGAAUGGGGGCCAACAUUUUUAGAGGGUUUAAAGGUAGAAAUGUGAAGCUUAUCGUUAAAAAAAACACACAUUAAUUCUUCUGUUAAAACUCAUGUAUUAUUUGAGCUGUAAAGUUGUUUAAAUCAUCAUUUUUACAGUCAUUUUAGUGUUUGUUGACAUUACACUGUCAUACCAACAAAGUUGUAAAAUUAGCCGUAACUGUACACAGUAAAGGUUAAGUGAUUUUAUCACAUUAAAAUUAUGUUUACAUGCAUAUUGUUAAUGUCUUGUGACUAUACUUUUGAAACAGUGAGUAUUUUAACGUAAAAAAAAUUGGCCCCCAUUCACUUCCUUUGUAAGCACCUCACUGUAACCCAGAUUUUUGCUUUUAUUAAAGAAAAGUAGGGGAAGUUCAAAAUACAUUUUUGUGGUUAUCAAUAUUAUGCCACAAACGCUGCCGAUUGAGUUUAAAUUGUGUUGAACCUGGAAUAUUCCUUUAAAAAGUAAGAUAAUAGAACAGCCCCAGGAAAUAUUGGAUGCAAUAAAGCUCUCACACACAUACACACACAGGCAUGCCAUAAAAUUUAAAGAAGCACAGAUAACAUUAACUGGCAUUUGACAGUAUUCUGCAUUAUUCUGCAUAUGUAUUCCAGUUCGGGAGGGUCAUUUUAAUGCUGCUUUGUUAUGUAAGCACUUAUUAAUGCUUGUAUUUCUACCCUUUCUUUAGUAUUCACAGGAACAGACAGGAACACACACACAUUAAUUCAUCAGUAUACCAGCACACACAAUAUAUUACAUUGGCUUGUGUUGUUAUGCUAGCACAUUGAUUACUCUUUAUGAGAUAACCGCAGGUUGUCCUCAAUCUCUUCUUUUUUAUUCACAUUUUAUUGUCGUGUUUAUUUACUAAAAUAUUAGCAUGGAACUGUUUGAAGAACUGUUGUCAUUAGGAAGAUAAAGAAUGUAUGACCUGUAAAAUCAACUAAUUAAAACACAUCUCAGUGUCUACACACACGCAUACACUGAUACUGUAUAAGUAGCUCAGAUGGAAAUAAUGACUCGGACUGCUGCUGGUGUGGAUGUGUAAGCUUUAUGAAUACAGAUAUGUAUAAGAUGUACAAAUGUUAGUUUUUUUUAAGUUAAUAUUUAGACUAGAAAGAGCCAGUGUGGUGGGGAAGGUGGCAGUCUAACACAGUGACAUGUUCGGGACUGUCCCGGAAGGCUCUGUUGAAUAGUGUGAUUCCUACCAUGGUGAAAACCACAUUAAAGAAAGUGACAACAAUUCAGCAGUGCAAAAUCAACCCCAGAACUUAAGCAAAGGUGUGCAGAGGAGAAAGUAAUAUUGUUAAGAUCUCACUUUAUUAAUAAAUCAUUCAAAUCUCAA